AUGUGUCUCGCUAAGGAAGGAGAAUCACCAUCGCAACGGGAGGAGGUUCAACCACCUCGUUCUCCUUGGAUGAAGCUCUUAAGUCGACAGAGCUCAAAACGAAAACUCCCGAGAAAAGUGACAAGCUCCACGAGGGUGAACCUAAAUAAGUAUUGGUCGAAGCUUGAGGAGUUAAUCUCUAACUCUUCACCUCGUCCUGACCUGCCAUCGCAUAAGACUGUCUAUCCUGAAGAACCCAUUUUAGUGCCAUUUUCCGAAUAUUUCUACCCAGUAGACCCGGUCAAACCGGUUACCAUCGAAGACAACGACAAUGCCGAAAACCAGAACAUCCUUAAUUCUAGCCGAUUCGAACUCGUCUCAGAGGAAGAGAUCAGUGACAAUAUGGCUAACGAAAUUCGAGAGAUCUGCUACGCGGCGACCAAAACGAGCUGCUUAAUAUGUAAGCUUUGCUGUUUGUAACUUAUGCU